UGGAAAUGCUCUUUACUUCAUGUUCGGGCUUCCUCGAAACCUUUCGGAUGCUCGCCGUCUCGUAGUCCAGCCUCAGAACCACAAAGAGAGAUAUGUUACCGUCUCCGAUCCACUUCUUUGCGCUCUUGUUGACACUGCCAUUUGCUGUCCUAUCUUCUCCAGUACCAUGGCAGGCUAACCAAGAUGCCUCACACUACGAUGUUCUCAUAGUGGGAGGAGGACCGGCCGGAUUGAGUGCUUUGAGCGGCCUCGCUCGAGUACGGCGCAAGGCGCUGCUGAUUGACUCGGGCGAAUAUCGCAACCUCUUGACAAGACAUGCUCAUGAUAUCAUUGGAAGUGACGGUGUAACGCCGGCGUACUUCCGCGCCAAAGCCCGCGAACAAAUUUCAUUGUAUCCGACCGCGUCCAUGAAGAACGGCACCGUCACGGAUAUCCAACAGGUCAACAAUUCUUGCUUCGCCAUCACAGACGCAGAUGGCAAUCAGUAUACCAGCCGCAAGGUCGUCCUGGCCACGGGGAUGAAAGACGUGAUCCCAUCGACGCCGGGUAUCGACGAAAAUUGGGCGAGAGGGAUCUACUGGUGCCCCUGGUGUGACGGGUACGAGCACCGUGACCAGCCGCUGGGUCUGCUCGGCACGCUCGACAAAGUCCCCGGCCUCAUCCGGGAGAUCGAGACGCUCAACACGGAUCUGAUUGCAUUUGUGAAUGGGACCCUCACGCCGGCCAACAUGGCUGCAUUGACUGCGACAGAGCCGGACUGGGAAAAAUUGGUCAAGGCGUACAACGUGCAGAUUGAGAAUCGGACAAUCACGGAAAUCCGGAGACUCCAAGAUGGCGGCAUCGUCAAGUCCGCCGUCGACAAGGCCGAGUAUGACAAGUUCAUGGUGUAUUUGGAUGACGGAACGGCGAUCGAACGAGCCGCAUUCUUCGCGGGCUUUGAAUCGGUGCAGCGCAGUGACCUGGGACGGAAAUUAGGCGUGACGCUGGUCAACGAUAAAUCCUUGCUGGCGAACUUUACAGCUGGAAUGGUCACGAAUAUCGCCGGUGUGUAUGCUGUGGGCGAUGCGAAUUCGGAUGGCAGCACGAAUGUGCCGCAUGCCAUGUGGAGUGGGAAACGUGCGGCCGUCCAGUGUCAUAUUACCAUGGCCGAGGAAGAUGCUGAGUCUGCGAUUGCGCAGGCGGGCGCCAAAGCGAAGAGAGGUGCUGUCACGAGAAGGGACGUUGAAGAAUCGUUGUUAGAAUUCAUUGGCAAAGAUAUUGAGGGCUUGUGGAGGUAAUGUCAGGGAUAGUGAGGUCUUGGGCAUGGCUCUAGAUUUCUCGUUGAUCUCUAUUCUUUCUUCUUCUUCUUUGUAGAUGGAUAUUGUUGACGCUUGAACUCG